AUGUCUUCGUUCGCUGCAAAUCUGACAUUGUACCCCCCGCCUCUGAUUGAUGCUGCGACCGCCCCCAUUGAAAAUCCCCUACUGGUGACGCGUGUCGAGGGAGAUAUCUUCACCAACACUCACCCUCUAUGGAAACCACCUCGAGGCCGGACUGUGUUUGGUGGAAUCUUGAUUGGUCAAGCCAUUCAAGCGGCUCAUCAAACAGUCGCCCCCGAUUUCUUUGUCCACCACAUGCAUUGUUCCUUCCAUGCACCCCCAGACGCUGAUAAGCCGAUCUACAUCAGCGUCUCACGGACUGCCGAUGGCAGGUCAUCUGCUUCGAGAGACGUCAAAAUCACACAAAACGAGACGAUCUUCUUUUCAGCUCAAUGCACUUUCUCGCGAAGUGGGCGAGUAAACCCUGCCGUACACCAGUCUAGCCCAUCUGAGUUGGGGGCCAUCCCUCCGGAUCCCGUAUUAUCCCAGUCAGACAAGAUGGCCUUCUCUCAAGAGAUGGCUCGGUCAGGGUUCCUUACUUUCAAAGGGCCAAGCACAAGUCGGCCAGAUGUUGAUCCAUUCUUAUGGCAUGAUGUAGCAUCGAUAGAGGAUCCGAUAUCUACUUCGUCUACAAACACAAUCCACUCAUGGACGAGAUCUUACGGAAACAUGACCGACUCCCGAAUAAGCCACUUGGCUGUACUUGGCUGCCUCACAGAUUCCUGGGCUCUCACCAGUCUUUCACUCAUGAACCCCACCGCAGUGGGGGAGAAUGGAAGGAAUAUCACCUCCAUAGCUACAUUGAAUCACACAAUUUGGCUUCAUGAUCCUUGCCUGCGUCUCGACGAUUGGUUACUCCUCAAGAGGGGUAGUACAUGGGCAGCAGAAGGAAGAUGUUUGGUUGAGCAGCAGAUCUGGGAUAAGCACGGAAAGCUUGUGGCUACAUGUGUCCAAGAGGGAGUUUUGAGGUUGAAACAGCCUGAAAGUGGGCGAGUUGGAUCAACCAGCAGUAAAAUCUAA